AUGGCCAGCAGAAAGCGGUGCUUGGUCUUAGGACUCCUUGCAUUUUUAUGGGCUGGAUUGGCCUCUGAAGGCUCAGAAAAGCAAGAGGAAGAGACCUGCAGGUUGCUGGGCAGGUUUGAUUUGAACGGAUACGUAGAUGCCCAGAAUCAUUCACUUGUUAUUGGAGGACUGUUUCCCAUCCACGCUAGGACCAUCCCACCAAACGAAUCUAUUUUGGAGCCAGUAUCUGCCAAAUGUGAAGGGUUCAACUUUCGGGGAUUCCGCUGGAUGAAAACCAUGAUCCACACGAUCAAGGAGAUUAACCAGAGGAAGGAUAUUUUGCCCAGUAUCACUCUGGGCUAUCAGAUCUUUGACUCCUGUUCCACCAUCUCCAAGACAAUGGAGUCGGCCAUGGUGUUCCUCACAGGGCAGGAAGAGAACAAGCCCAACAUCAGGAACAGCACUGGGGCGUAUCUGGCAGGAAUUGUUGGAUCAGGGGGGUCCUCCUUAUCAAUCGCUGCUUCAAGAAUACUAGGGUUGUAUUUCCUACCUCAGGUGGGCUACGCCUCUACCUGUUCCAUCCUCAGUGACAAAUUCCAGUUCCCGACUUACGUUCGCACAGUAGCCAGUGAUAAGUUCCAGUCCAUGGCCAUGGUAAAGCUUAUCCAGCACUUUGGUUGGGUCUGGGUGGGCACCAUAGCAGGCGAUGAUGAUUAUGGAAAAUACGGAGUAAAAAUUUUUAAGGAACACAUGGAGAACGCCAACCUCUGUGUGGCAUUCUCUGAAACCAUCCCCAAAGUCUAUUCCAAUGAAAAAAUGCAAAGAGCCGUGCAGGCCGUAAAGAACUCCACGGCCAGAGUGGUCGUGCUUUACGCUUCUGACCUUGACCUCCAUCCCUUCAUGCUGGAGAUGGUUCACCACAACAUCACCCACCGCACGUGGAUAGCGACCGAAGCGUGGAUCACCUCAGCCCUCCUUGCCAAGCCCGAAUACUUCCCGUACUUCGGUGGAAGCAUUGGAUUUGCAAUUCCAAGAUCUGAUAUACCAGGUUUAAAAGAGUUUCUUUACAACGUACACCCCAGCAGGGAUCCAGAUGAUGUCCUGACCAUUGAGUUCUGGCAGACUGCUUUUAACUGUACUUGGCCUAAUAGCAGCGUUCCGUACAACGUCGACCACAGGGUGAACAUGACCGGUAAAGAGGACCGACUGUACAGCAUGUCUGAUAAGCUCUGUACUGGACAGGAGAAGCUGGAAGACCUUAAAAACACCUACCUGGAUGUGUCUCAGCUGAGGAUCACCAACAAUGUCAAACAGGCUGUCUACACCCUGGCACACGCCCUGGAUCACCUGAGCAGGUGCGAGGAGGGGCAGGGGCCGUUCAUUCCAGGAAACACUUGUGCGUACAUACCUGACUUUGAUCCUUGGCAGCUAAUGUUCUAUGUGAAGACAGUUCAGUUUACAACCCAUGAUGGAAAGACAAUACAGAUUGAUAAGAAUGGGGACGUGAUGGGACACUAUGACAUUCUAAAUUGGCAAUUAGAUGAUAAUGGAGAAAUUGCCUUCAUGAAGGUUGGAGAAUAUAUAUUUACAGAAAAUAAGUUUGAACUUGUUUUCACAAAGAAUUCGACAAUAUUUUGGAACACUGAGUCAUCACAGCUUCCCCAUUCCAUGUGUACUGACGUGUGUCUUCCCGGAACACGGAAAGGGAUUCGACAGGGGGAGCCCAUAUGCUGCUUUGAGUGCAUCCCUUGUGCUGACGGAUACGUGUCGGAGAAAGCAGGUCAACGGGAGUGUGAGCCAUGCAGUGAAGACUACUGGUCCAACGUGCAGAAGAGCCAGUGUGUGCUCAAGGAGGUGGAGUUCCUCGCCUACGACGAUGCCUUGGGCCUCACCCUUGCCGUCCUCGCCGUCUUUGGGGCCCUGGUGGCCUUGGCGGUCAUGGUGGUGUAUGUGGUGCACAGGCGCACGCCCCUGGUCCGGGCCAAUGGCUGGGAGCUGAGCCUCCUCAUGCAGGCUUCCCUGGCCACCACGGCGCUGUCGUCCAUGCUCUUCAUUGGCAAGCCGUGUACCUGGUCCUGCAUGGCCUGCCAAGUCACGCUGGCCCUGGGCUUUUCCCUUUGCCUGUCUUGCACUCUUGGAAAGACUCUCUCUCUCUUUUUUGCCUACAGAAUCUCCAGAUCCAAAACCCGACUCAUAUCCAUGCACCCCAUUUGUCCAAAGAUCAUUGUGUUGCUCUCUGUUCUGGUGGAGAUCGGCAUAUGCACCACCUACUUGGUAUUUAAACCCCCAAAGGUGUACAAGAACAUGGAAUCCCAAAACAUAAAGAUCAUUCUGGAAUGCGAUGAAGGCUCUCUGGAAUUUCUGUGCUUCACGUUUGGGGUCGAUGCCUUCCUGGCCUUGCUGUGCUUCCUCACGGCCUUUGUGGCUCGGCGGUUGCCAGAUAAUUACUAUGAGGGGAAGUGCAUCACCUUCGGGAUGCUGGUCUUUUUUAUUGUCUGGAUUUCUUUUGUCCCUGCUUACUUGAGCACCAAAGGCAAGUUCAAGGUGGCUGUGGAGAUAUUUGCGAUUUUGGCAUCUAGCUACGGCUUGUUGGGUUGCAUGUUUGCUCCCAAGUGCUUCAUUAUUCUGCUGAGGCCAGAGAGGAACACAGAUGAGGUCGUAGGAGGGAGAGUCCCCACUGUAGAUAGGAGCAUCCAGCUGACCUCAGCUUCAGUGAGCAGUGAGCUGAACAACACCACAGUAUCCACCGUUCUGGACCACUAGGGCUGAAGCUCCGUGUGCCGCUCAGGGCGACCAUGGUGACAUUACCUUUCGGGUGGCUCCUGCAGCAGCUGCCUGACGGCUCUGGAUCUUGCUGUGGAUUUGGGCUCUGGUGGUGUAUCUUAGCAAGGUGUGUGGAGGCUCAUUCUUUAAAACACUAGCAAGGAUUAGGAUGCCCUUUGUUAUUGAAAUUGUAACUAUUUCAUUCAGACCUUUCAUAAUACUUAGGUUUAGGAGUGCAUAGGAGAGGAGCUGAAAGGCACAAAUGAUAAAGAAAAACAUUGGUUCUGGAAUACUUCUUUGUUUUCAAACCAUGAGUAUCCCAUCUAGACUUCUACAUUAAACAAAGUCACUGGGUGAGGACCCAGAGAGACUUCUCCAUAUCCUGCUACUGUCUUUCCAGAACAGACAGCUUUUCUCUAUCUCCUUUGCUCCUUUGGAGCAGGGGGUUUGGAUUAUUCAUGUUUCAAAGGACUCUGGCAUAUAGAGAAUAUUGAAGGACUCGAUGUCAACAAAACGUGUCCUUCUUGAAACAAUAAUAGGAAUAGACAAGUUUCUCCCAGAGGGCAGGCAAGGCACCUGCUCAGACGCUCCUGGAGGAGAGCAGGUGGUGGAGUAUGAGUUUCAAAGUAGCCCUCUGCUCGAAAUUCGAAAGCCAAGGGGUUUAGGGUUCAGCACAGCACUUAAGGAGAUGAGAGAGUGAGGACCUGGACAGCAGAAAGGAGAAGAGAAAAAAGCAAAUCUUUAC